UUACCGUGGGGUUGCUUCGCUCCGGCCGGGCCCGGGAAGUUUCGUGCUCGAGCGCUCGUGAACCCGAAUUAGGCCGGACCGAACCUUCUGGCCGGUCCCCCACCAGUUCGGCAAGAUGGUGAAGCCCAAGUUUAAAGGACGGAGCUCCAUCAACCCCUCCAGCGCCAGCACCAACCCCGAUCGUGUACAGGGUGCUGGAGGCCAAAAUAUGAGGGAUCGGGCGACAAUCCGGCGCCUGAAUAUGUACAGGCAGAAAGAGCGCAGGAACAAUCGUGGUAAAGUGAUUAAGCCUUUGCAAUAUCAAUCAACGGUGGCCUCUGGCACAGUAGCGAGAGUGGAGCCGAAUAUUAAAUGGUUUGGAAACACGCGUGUGAUUAAGCAGUCAUCAUUACAAAAAUUUCAGGAGGAAAUGGGUGCAGUUAUGAAGGAUCCAUACAAAGUUGUCAUGAAGCAAAGCAAGUUGCCCAUGUCUCUUCUCCAUGACCGCAUCCGGCCACAUAACUCAACGGUGCACAUUCUUGAUACUGAAAGCUUUGAAACUACAUUUGGCCCUAAAUCACAGAGAAAGCGACCAAACUUACGUGCAAGUGAUAUGCAGUCUCUUGUAGAAAACGCAGAAAUAUCUUCAGAGAGCUAUGACCAGGGCAAGGACCGCGACCUGGUGACUGAAGAUAGUGGUGUUAGAAAUGAAGCUCAAGAAGAGAUCUAUAAAAAAGGACAGUCCAAAAGAAUUUGGGGUGAGCUCUACAAGGUAAUAGAUUCAUCAGAUGUUAUUGUUCAAGUUCUUGAUGCAAGAGAUCCAGUGGGUACUCGUUCCCCUCAUAUUGAGGCUUACCUGAAAAAGGAAAAACCCUGGAAACACCUAAUUUUUGUUCUCAACAAAUGUGAUCUUGUUCCAACCUGGGCAACAAAACGAUGGGUCGCUGUCCUCUCCCAGGAUUAUCCCACUCUCGCAUUCCAUGCCAGUCUCACUAAUCCCUUCGGCAAAGGAGCCUUUAUUCAGCUUCUUCGGCAGUUUGGAAAGUUGCACACAGACAAGAAGCAGAUCAGCGUCGGGUUCAUUGGCUAUCCUAAUGUCGGCAAGAGCUCAAUCAUAAACACACUGCGCUCAAAGAAAGUCUGUAGUGUGGCCCCCAUUGCAGGUGAAACAAAGGUUUGGCAGUAUAUCACCUUGAUGCGCAGGAUAUUCCUCAUCGACUGUCCAGGGGUGGUUUACCCAUCAGAGGAUUCAGAGACAGACAUUGUGCUAAAAGGCGUGGUUCAAGUUGAAAAAAUUAAAGCUCCUGAAGAUCACAUCGGUGCUGUACUUGAGCGAGCAAAGCCAGAAUAUAUCAGUAAGACAUACAAGAUUGAGACCUGGGAGAACGCUGAGGACUUUCUUGAAAAGCUGGCUUUCCGUACUGGGAAGUUACUGAAGGGUGGAGAGCCUGACCUACAGACCGUGGGUAAAAUGGUUCUCAAUGACUGGCAGAGAGGCCGGAUUCCUUUCUUUGUCAAGCCACCCAAUGCAGAGCCCCCUGCCAAUCCCCAGCUCCCAUCCUCUUCGUCUUCAGAAGUUGCCCCAGAACGGCCCCAGCUGCAGACGGAAGAGGCUGUUGUUGCAGACACCAUGGGUGAAGAGGUGGAGCCUGUCGUGGUAGAGAAGGGGAAAGAGGAGCCCAUCCCCCAUGACCCUGGCUCCGAGAUGCAGCAGAUCCUUGCACGAGUUCGGCAGAACUUUGGCAAGAUCAAUGUGAUGCCUCAGUUUUCUGGAGAUGACCUGGUUCCUCUGGAGAUGUCAGAUAUUGAAGAAGAGCCUGAGAGCUUUUCCGAAGAGGAAGAGGAGCAGCAGGAGCCCCUCAGAGAAGAGGAGGAUGAUGACGACGCGUCUUUCUCGGAGUCACAGGAAGAACACCCAGUCAGUGACACCAAGGCGGUCCUCAAAGCUCUAGAUGAGAAGAUCGCUAAAUACAACAAGUUUUUAAACAAAGCCAAAGCAAAAAAGUUCUCAGCAGUCAGGAUAGCCAAAGGACUGAGUGAAAAGGUUUUCGCAAAAUUUAAAGAACCAAAAACUGCGGGUGAAGAAGAGGUAGAAGAUACAGAACCUACCAGAAAGGGAAAGAAGAGGAAGGCAUGGAGGGAAGAGGAUCACUCAAAUCCAGAACCUACCAGAAAGGAAAAGAAGAGGGGGGCAUGGAGGGAAGAGGAUCACUCAAAUAAAAGUCGCAGGAUGCUUACAUCUAAGGAACGGAGGCGAGCUGCCCGCCAGCAGCAGUCCAGAAAAGUUGGUGUGCGUUACUAUGAAACACACAACGUGAAAAAUAGGAACAGGAAUAAAAAGAAGACCAAUGACUCAGAAGGACAGAAAAAUAAGCACAAAAAAGUCAAACAUAAGCAGUAGCAUUUACGGUUUAUUAAAUUAUACAAAAAUGCAAUUAAAA